GCAAAGCAGAAGCACAAACUCACUGGAAGCUUUAAAAAGGCUGCUGCUUCCACCGGCUUCAGUCUCUGAAAUUAACAGCUGCGGACACAACGACAACGAUGGACCUGGAUUCUCAGGUCAACGGAGGCGUCCUGAUUCUGCACCAGAUCCACGAGGGAAAGCACCAGUAUGAAGUGGAAAAGGUGGUCAAGUCCAAAAAUGAGAACAGGAGUAAAAUGUUUGCCAGGAGAGGAGACAAACUGAUGCAGAUAAACGGCAUCGACCUGCAGGAUCUCACACCUGAAGAGUUGGCACAAAUGUUAGCGGAGGGAAACCCAAUGCUGACGGUGCACAAGGCAGGCAGAAUAAAGGAACAAACUGAGCAGCCACCCCCAGAUGAGGACACUUUGCGUCCCGUCUCCAAAGAGUCCACGAUGCUGAACUUUCGCUGGGAGAUGAGACGAGAGGAAGACCUGGAGAAUGAAGUGGAGAAGCACGAAGGGAAAGAAAAGGAGACAGGGGGUGCAGAAGAGGACGUCAGCCGAACUCAGAAUGAGGAAGACGAAGAGGAGGAGCAGAGAGAUCUGCUCAUCGUUACGAUGACCAAAACCAGCAUCUCUGUGGUGAGAGGAAGAGGCUGCGACAGCGGAGGUCCAUGUCAGGGAUGUGGCAGGAUGGGAUGCACCUUAAAUGAUGUAGUCGUGGUGUCUGAAACCAGCACAGUGACGCUCGUUCCAAGAGGAAGUGGCAGUUUCAGACAGGAAAAACUGUCAAAUGUUUUAAUCGAGCACGUCGAUAGUCACCGAUACCUCAGAGGUCAAUGUUCACAGAAGAGCCUCUACGUUUCACCAAAUCCAGAAAAGAUUACCAUCUACUACUAUAAGUCAAAUUUUAUGGAAAGGAAUUUCCGAGGAGUUCCAGUCGUCCUGAACCUCACCAGUUCCAACUGCUUCCUCAGGUGCUGCAAGGAUGGGGACAGAGUGUUCCUGCAAGUGGAGACGUGUGAACAGCAGAGGCUGAGGCAGAUCUCCAAGAGCGACGAGAGCACCCUCUCCUUCGUCUUCUACAUGAAGUCUGACAAGACCAAGCAGCGGAAGUUUGAGUCGGUGCUGCACCACGGCUGGUUCAUCCACAUAGUCACCGAGACAGAGUGCGUGGAAAUGGCAACCCUGGACGGACGCGUGGAAGAGCAUUCGUUCCUCUUCGUUAUUCAGAAGUGAUGGAGAGUGUCUUUGUUUUUCAGACGUAUUCCUAGUUCUCAGUCACGUUAGUUUAACAUUUGAAAAUCUUCUGUGAAUUUUAUUUGUGAUUUAAAUUUCAUAUGAAGAAUAAAUAAAUAAAAGCAGGAGAGGAGCUCGUUUGUUUGAGCCAUCUGGUCCGGUGACAGAAAACCAGUGAAAUUCUGCUAUUGCAGAAAUGCGUAAAUAUGUAUCAUACAACCAUGUAUUCAGUUCUGUUGUUUAAAAUGGUUUGUUUUUUUACAACCAAUAUUAUAUAAGAAUUUGAAAUGAAAAUGUAAUGUAAUUUUCAUUAAAAAAACAUAGUCAAAGAUUAAGUGUAAAAACCAAAGCAAUGUAAUAAUACACAUUUUAAUGUACAUUAUCAUAAGACAUUGCGAGAUAAAUUACAUAAACAGUCCAAAGAAUCCAAUGUAUUACCACAAGCAAGUGAGUUAGAUACUAAAACAUGUACACUUUAUAUAAUUGAUGACUAGAAAUCACACUUUAAACCUUGGAUCAUAUUGAAUGUUAACAUAUAAAGAUGUUCUACGCUUCUA